UUCCAAAGUGUGAGCGUCUCUCAACCCGCGCACAAGAUCCACCACAACACAACACACAGAGCACACACAACACAUACAGCACACACAGCACAACACACACGGCGGGGACUCAAGAGGCAGAGCAGAGAGACUCGCGCCCAAAAGUCUCGAGGGACGCGCGGUGACUCGCCGCGAUGAAGCUGCAAUCGGACCUCCGCGAUGGGCCGAUGGUGUUGUCUGUGUUGCAUCUCAGAUCGACCCCGUGACCUCGGUGGAGAUGGAUUCCGAGUCCAGCGGGGUCAUGUUGGACGCUCAGUGUCAUGAGGGCUCUCGCGUCCCGCUCACUGCGUCUCUCGUGCCAUCUCCUGGUGUCACUCAACGCACCCACGUCCUCGCUAGUGCUGCAGGUGGUGACUCUGGCGAUGAGGACGAGGAGGGUGUGGGGCCAAGGAAGCCUCGUGGUUGCCGUGCCAUCCUGCAGGAGAGCGAUAGUGACGGCGAGGAGGCACCGAGCGCCGAUUACCCCAACGCUGACGUAGCGUCGGGCAGCGAUGAAGACACUCGGGGCGAGGAGAGCGAUCGACAAAGGCCGCGCCGGAUCCGUGUGGCCCUGGACAGCGCGGAUGAGAGCGGCACGGAGGAGAACGGAGCGGAGGGGGGGUUCGCCCUACGCUCCCCUGGCGCUCCCAGUGGGGUCGGGGAGGAGGAACGUCAAGAGCUCUCGUCUCCAGAAUCGCUCACUAACGACGGCACAAGGGAGAAACCCAAAGGGAGAAAACCGGGUCUGGACCCAGCCGCAUCUGAUCGCGGACGAGAGAGGGAGAGAAGGCAGCUCCCAAGCGAAGGAGAAGAUAGCGAUGAGGACGACCUCUUCACGCACAAAUUCGGCAUGGGCGGAGACCUGGGGGAGUUGGGGAGCGAUGAGGAGGAGGAGGAGUCAUUGGAGGCCAUCAAGAGCUCCAUGAAGAAGAAGGCUCAAAAGAGCCGGGCGGUCUCUGGGGCUCAUCAGGACGAUGAUGAUGAAGAAGAAUCCUUCCUCAAGAAGAGCAAACAGAACAAGGGCCGUGUGGAGCGGAAGGCGGCGAAGGCGGGGCGAGCAGCGAUACAGCAGCUGCACAGCGAGAGCCAGCGCAUCAUCCGCGAGUCGAACAUGUCGCUGCCCUACCACCUCCCCGAGCCGAGAUCCGUCCACGACUUCUUCAAGCGCCGCCAGCUUCCCGCAGGAGACGCCAUGAGCCUGCUCAAGUCCACCAAGUACCAGGCGGAUUUGCUGAGCGGCCAGGGCGUCCCCCAAUCGUCCACUACCCAGCAGAGUGCCCUUGCGCCUGAGGAUGCAUGUGACCCGCAAGCUGGGAGUUCCGCUGCAGCGCAGGGAGGAGUAGUCGGAGAGGCAGGAGCGGCCGACGCUGCUGUUACCUGCCAAAGACUCCUGAGCGAGGGCGACGGGGCGGAGAUGACCCGCGAAUCCGAGAGGACCGCCGGAAGGAGCGGCGAUGGAGACGAUGACGGGAGGGAGAGCACAGCACCGCCAGCCCCAGGGUCAGAGGAACAUCCUGAUGAGGAGCGGGGGCUUCUCGAUGGAGCGGAGAAAGCAAGUGGAACGACGAGUCCUGAAGGAAGAACGGAGGCACCGGACGGGAAAGAUCGGCCUCCUCCUGAACCGGCGCAGCCCUGCGACGAUCGGCAGACGGUGUUUCACGAGGCGACCGCCAUGGAUGCCCCGAAGGUUUCGGCAGCGCCAGAGCUCGCCAACGCACCAAGGAGCCCACAGAGCCGCGUGCGCGCUAGGCUGCUGCGGCUGCAGGGCCUGGGUGUCGAUCUGUCCGUGCGGCCCACGCUUCUCCGCGCCGCCGCAGGCACCUUCAUCGACCUGGAGGAGCCCACGCCCAACCAGGGCUUGAAUGAUCUGAAGGAGCGCUUCCUGAAGCACGCGACGAGGAAGUCCCCCAUGAGACCGCGCGGCCCCGUGGAGAUCCGCGUCACGCGCAAGGAGACGGGAGCUGACGGCAAGCAGCAGCUCCUGCAGGAGGUCCUCACCGUCACUGUCGGGGAUGCCCUCGAGAAGCCGGGCGCCAAGCUGCUGUCGCUUAAGGCUCGCCUGCAGGAGGCGAUGAGGCUGCGCCGCUUGGAGGAGCGGCAGAAGCGCUUGGAGGCGUACGAGCUGGACAACGAGGAGGGCUUCCAGGAGGAGGAGGAGGACGGCGACGAGGAGCUGACGGACGAGGAAUCGGACGCGGACAGCGGAGGUCGUGACGAUGAGGGCCCAGACGAGGAGGAUGAUGACGAGGAGGAGGACGAGACUUCCCCUGCGAAAGAUGAGAAGUGUAAAGCUGCUCAUCUGGGCAUGUCGGAGGCCACCAUGGUGCUCUUCGACCACUCGACGGACACGCGGCCAGAGCGGUCCGCGGGGAGGGCGUGCACGCCCGUGCAGCUCAAGCACAACUCGGACGACGAGCUCUGUGCAGACGAGGGCUCGAGCUCCCGUCCGUCUCUGCACAAGGACGAGAGCCACAACAGCAGCUUCGAACUGCUGGCAUCCUCCAUCCCGCCGUACCAGCCCCCGCUGCGCCGCAGCCGCACGCCGAGCGCGCCAGUGCAGCGCACGCCCUCGCCAUUCUCGCCCAUGAGCCAGUUCGCCCCGGCACAUUUCUCCGGCUACUCCGCCCUCAGCACCGGCAAGCUGUCCGAGACAUCCCUGCGCAUGGAGGACUCGGAGGACCUGUACCAGCCUUCCCCCGAGCGCCCGGGCAGCCCCACGUCCCUCCCGACGGACUCCGAGUUCCGCUUCUCGCUGGGAGAGGAGAGCCAGAGCCAGCUGCUGGAUGCCGACGGGUACCUUAACGUCGGGCGCAGCAAAGCGCACAAGAUUGUGUCGUCCAAACGGAAGCUCAACCUGUUGAGCCUGGAGGAGAACGCGAUGCACUCGGACAUGGACGAGCUCGUUGGCAUGUGCUCGGGCAAGUUUGAGCCUAAAAAUCCAACUCCAAGGAAGAGAAACAGCUCUGAAAUGGAUGAGCUGGUUGGUCUGUGCUCUGGCAAGUUUGAGUCUCAGCACUCAACGGCAAGACAAAGAAAGAACUCGGACAUGGAUGAACUUGUUGGACUCUGCUCUGGCAAGUUUGAGUCUCAGGACCCAAGGCCAAGAAAGAACUCUGAUAUGGAUGAGCUAGUAGGGCUCUGCUCUGGCAAGUUUGAGUCUCAGGACCCAAGGCCAAGAAAGAACUCGGACAAGGAUGAUCUCGUAGGGCUGUGCUCUGGCAAGUUUGAGUCUCAGGAUCCAACGCCAAGAAAUACAUCGGACAUGGAUGAGCUCGUGGGGCUCUGCUCUGGCAAGUUUGAGUCCCAGGUCCCAACGCCAAAAGCCAGAAUUAACUCCGAUAUGGACGAGCUCCUCGGGCUAUGCUCUGGGAAUUUUGAAUCUCAAGACCCAAUCGCGGGAGCAGAGUCGCAAGACAGGAUGGGAAACCGUGCAAUGGCUCAGCGCGUAGGCGAUCGCUCGACCCAGGCCCGGCCGGACCACUUUGGCGAAGAUGAAGACAAAGGAGUCUUUGAUGUUCUGACAGACGACGAGGCCCUCAGUGAGGAGGAAAACAAAGACGAACAAGACGGCAGUGAUGCGGGGUCUGGCGACGAGGAGGAGGACGAGGAGGAGGACGAGGAGGAGGAAGAGGAAGAAGUCAAGGAAGAGGGGGAAGACGAGGGAGAUUAUGUGACGAGCGUGGCUGCCAAGUAUAAAGACGGCCAUGGACCAAUCAGGAAGAGAGCGAGGAGCCACUUCGUCGAGGAGGAGGCCGAGUUGUCGGGCAGUGAGGCUGGGAGCGACGAGGACUUCAGCGGCAACGAGGAGGACAAUGAGUACGAGGAGGAGGACAUCCAGGAAGAGCUGCCCAGCGACGACGAGCUUCAGGACCAAGUGAAGCGCCUCCACAUGAAGGUGCUGCUCGACGAAGACAAGCGCCAGCUGCGUCUCUACCAGGAGGUUCUGCUGCCAGACGGCGACCUGCACUCGGAUGGGCCGGGCCGCCGGAGAACCUUUCGCUGGAAAAACCUGGAUGACUCGUCCCAGGUGGACCUGUUCCCACGUGACGAGGGCGACGCGGAGGGGGGCGAGCACGAGCUAGAGGAGCACGAGGGGGAGGACCAGGAGGUUCAGCGCAGGAAAGAACGCUUCGAGAGGGAGAAGUGGAUACGCGAAAAGGGGAGGGAGAGUGCUGACGAGGACGACGUUGGGGAGGACAGCCAGUUCCUGAAACUCGCCAAGAAGAUCACCGCCAAGUCUCGACAGAAACGGAGUGGGCCGCUCCCUACGGCCAGGACCGCCGAAGGAUCCGUGGCCGAGAACGAGACGCCGCUGCAAUCAAAGCCUGCUAGAGUGCCUGUGCGAAUGGGCCCUCACUAUGGCCUCGCGCAGGUGAAGAGCGGCUCCUUCCUCAACAAGCCCCGCGAGCUGCUGGCGAAGUUAGCCUCCAUGUCGGACCCCAACCCGAGCGCCGUGCGCGGGGCCUCGCGCAACUUCGUCUUCCACGCCUUGUCACCCGGCGCCGGCCGGGGCUCGGCAACCAAGCCCCAGGAGUGCAAGCCGCAGGUGCGGCGAUCCCUGAUGGACCCUGGCUCGCAGCCGUCCCCAAAGCGCGCUCGCACGGCCUCCAAGCAGCCGGGCCCCAAGCAGCCCCCGCGCAGCGUCUUCUGCUACCUCAAAGACUAGCGGGCGACUCUCCAGGGACGCAGCCUCGUCGCUCGAAGUCCCGGCGUUCCACCGCUCUCAUCCGCCUCUCUUUGCGAAAAACCUCAAAUUGCUUCGCCGUUCUGUUCAGUGGGAGCGAUGCCCGACGGUCGGGACGCUGCGGCUGUCUGAGACCGAAAUAUCUCAUCCACUCACUAACCCCACGGCGCAGCGACAAACUCCUCUCCAUUGUCAUGGGGGACGGUGCUCGUGCUCUGUAAGCUACGCUCUUGACACUAAAUUAAUUGUUUCCAUGCAUAUCACCGAGGUUAAAGUGGUGGGAUUCUUCUUUUCAAAAUUGCAGUCACGCGGGCACCGAGGCGGUUGACCUCCGAGCGAGGAACAGCCGAGGGUGAAACCAGCGCAACGCCAGCGCCUGUGUGCAGUGGGCACACAGGAGCGCCACUAAUCUCGCUUUACUGUACCCGCCAAACCCGAAAUUGGUGUCGCAAUCGCGCAGCCUGACCCUCACAAACCCACUGGGCUGGCCACGAUGCCGUGGGCAGGAACAGCCAAGAUUUGAACGGCAGAGUUUGAAAUGCGAUGAAAGAAUUCCCCCGUUUAGUUGUUUGUGAAUUUUUCUUAAUUCCCCAAGGUGCAACAACAAAUUUAAUUGUGAGAUCGCUUCACACGCUACAGGCAGAAUAAUUGUGUUUACAUUCGUACAUGGUUUUUAUAUCUUGUGUUCGGUAUCAAUGCAUGUAACGUAAUAGAUUUGUGGUUGUAUAUGUCAAGAGUAUAUUAUAUUAUUUAAAUGUUUGGGAUGUGUAUUUUAUGUACGUCAGAUUCAAUCUUGAUUUGAAGCUUUUGUGACGGCAGGAAUCCAUACUCUUUGGUUCUUUCGGUAAAGUUGCGUAGGUAGAAAAUAGAUCACGACGUUUCGAUCGCAACACAAGCAACCGUCGUCGAGUGAGGCAAGUUAUCCUGCUGUGUUUGUCUCACCUGAUGACGGUUGUUUGUGUUGCGAUCGAAACGUGAUCUGUUAAUUUUCUAUCUACGGGAACCAAAGAGUACGUCAGAUUAAGUUUUUUUUUAAUUUUAUAAUGAAAAUGUUAUCUUUUCAAAAUAAUUUUCCCUGAAUUUUACAUUGCUAUUCCACGGUUUAAAAUGUAAAUAGUGUAUGAUUGAUUUGUUUCUGUUCUGUGAAUAAAGUUAGUUUUUUUUUC